GGGAAGGGGGGCGUGCCCCAACUAUUUUGUUCCAAACACGAAUAACGUCAGGAGUACGGAGUCCCUUCUUCCUAAUCACUACUGGCGCUCAGCAGUGUCGCGCUUCCAGUCAAAAUGGGAGAGCUCCAUCGACCGCGAGUGACAGCUCCAACAGCCAAUCAGGAGGAGCUACCCCGCCUCUACGCGUCGACCUCUCUCCGAAUUAUCCAAUAACAAGACACUAAGGAGGCGUGGUUACACGAGCCCGCACGCCCCCGCCCACUGGCUAACCUAACGGAGAUUGUUUUCUCCCUGUCGGGGAAAGCUUUUUUUCCCCACUUUGCAGCUCCACAUCACCUCAUGUUUUUGUUUUUCUUUUGUAAAACACACCACGGAUUAAGUCGCGUUUGACACACCGGUCGCUUCGGACUGCACCCCAACUGGAGGCAUCGUGCUUAAACCCCCGCCGAACGGAUUACCAUAGCACCGUCGGCAAACUUAAAGGAGAGGGGUCUCUCAGCUCAGACGAGUAUGAGUUCAUGAUGAAGCGACGACUGGAGGAUCAGGAAACGGUUUUUGCGUCCCAGCAGCGGCGCCUCCCGGGCAACGCCGACACCUUCCAGCACCGUGUCCUGGCCCCGGCGCCACCGCCGCCGACGGUGUAUGAGCCCGGGACGGACAACAUGCAGCCCACCUCGGGCGUUCAGUACUCAGUCCCGCAGGGGUACCAGGUUCCCGCGGUGGUUCAGAACAGCGGCGGCCACGGGCACGCGCCGAGCCCGGCCGUCCACGGGGGGUCGCACCACCACAGCCCCGCCGCCGUCCAAUCGCACGGACCCCCGGUGAUGCCGGCGCACAGCCACACGGCCGCGCCCCAGGCCUCGGCGCAGUGUCAGCAGCAGUUUCAGCGCCUCAAGGUGGAGGAUGCCUUGUCGUACUUGGACCAAGUCAAGUUGCAAUUUGGCAACCUGCCUCAGGUUUACAACGACUUCCUGGACAUCAUGAAAGAGUUCAAGUCUCAAAGCAUCGACACCCCGGGCGUCAUCAGCCGGGUGUCGCAGCUCUUCAAGGGACACCCCGACCUCAUCAUGGGCUUCAACACCUUCCUGCCGCCCGGCUACAAGAUCGAAGUGCAGACCAACGACCUGGUCAACGUGACCACGCCCGGCCAGAUCCACCACAUCACCCCGCACGGCAUCUCGGUGCAGAACAUCCCCAUCACGGGUGCGCCCGGCACCCAGCACUCUGCCCAGGCCCCGCCCACCGCCACUACCAGUGCGCUGGCCCUCCUCACGCAGCCCGUCCCAGCCAAGAUGAGCAAACCCCCCCAGCCGCAGGCGCCGAUGUCCGGCGGCCAGAGCAACCCGUCCAUCCCGGCGUACAGCGCGCCGCGCUCCCCGCCCAUGUCGCUGCACCCGCCGCAUGGCGGGAUGCCCGCCGGCUUGCCGACGCAGAACAACCAGCCAGUGGAGUUCAACCACGCCAUCAACUACGUCAACAAGAUCAAGAACCGCUUCCAGGGUCAGCCCAACAUCUACAAAGCCUUCUUGGAAAUCCUGCACACGUACCAGAAGGAGCAACGGAAUGCAAAGGAGGCCGGAGGAAACUACACCCCGGCCUUGACGGAGCAAGAGGUCUAUGCUCAGGUCGCCCGGCUCUUCAAGAACCAAGAGGACCUGCUCUCCGAGUUUGGACAGUUUCUUCCAGACGCCAAUAGCUCGGCGCUGUUAAGCAAGACGACGGCGGAGAAGGCCGAGUCGGUACGCAACGAUCACGGCGGCACGGCCAAGAAGCUGCAGCUCACCAACAAGCAGAGGCCCAACCAGAACGGCUGCCAGAUCCGCCGGCAUUCUGCUCCCGGCGCCACGCCCCCCAUCAAGAAGAAGCCCAAGUUGCUGAAUUUGAAAGAUUCGUCGUCCAUGGUAGAGGCCGGCAAGCAUGGCGUCGGAACCGAGUCGCUCUUCUUUGACAAGGUGCGCAAAGCCUUGCGGAGCACCGAGGCCUACGACAACUUCCUGCGCUGUCUAAUCAUCUUCAACCAGGAGGUGAUCUCCCGGGCCGAGCUGGUGCAGCUGGUGCUGCCUUUCCUCGGGAAAUUCCCGGAGCUUUUCACCUGGUUCAAAAACUUCCUGGGCUACCGGGAAAUGUCGCACAUCGAGGCGUACCCCAAGGAGCGGGCCACCGAAGGCAUCGCCAUGGAGAUCGACUACGCUUCGUGCAAAAGGCUGGGCUCCAGUUACAGAGCGCUGCCCAAAAGUUACCAGCAGCCCAAAUGCACGGGGAGAACGCCGCUUUGUAAAGAGGUGCUAAACGACACCUGGGUGUCUUUGCCUUCCUGGUCCGAGGACUCCACCUUCGUCAGCUCCAAGAAGACUCAAUACGAGGAGCACAUCUACAGGUGCGAGGACGAGCGCUUCGAGUUGGACGUGGUGCUGGAAACCAACCUGGCCACCAUUCGAGUCUUGGAGUCGGUGCAGCGGAAGAUAUCGCGGAUGUCGGCGGAGGAGCAGGCCAAGUUCCGCUUGGACAACACACUGGGCGGUUCCUCAGAGGUGGUGCACCGGAAAGCCAUCCAGAGGAUAUACAGCGAUAAAGCCCCGGAUAUUAUCGACGGCUUGAAGAAGAACCCGGCCGUUUCCGUCCCCAUCGUUUUAAAAAGGCUAAAGACCAAGGAGGAGGAAUGGCGGGAAGCCCAGCGAGGUUUCAAUAAGAUCUGGCGGGAGCAGAACGAGAAGUAUUACCUCAAGUCUCUGGACCAUCAGGGCAUUAACUUCAAGCAGAACGACACCAAAGUGCUGCGCUCCAAGGCCCUGCUGAACGAAAUCGAAAGCAUCUAUGACGAACGCCAAGAGCAGGCCUCCGAGGACAACGCCAGCCCGCCGGCGGGCCCCCACCUGACCCGAGUGUACGAGGACCGGCAGAUCCUGGAGGACGCGGCGGCCCUCAUUAUCCACCACGUCAAGCGCCAGACGGGCAUUCAGAAAGAAGACAAAUACAAGAUCAAGCAGAUCAUGUACCACUUUGUCCCGGACUUGCUCUUUGCCCAACGCGGCGAGCUCUCUGACGUGGAGGAGGAAGACGAGGAGGAGGAAGACGAGGAGAUGGAUGUGGAGGAGGGAGUCCCCUCUAAGAAGCCCAACGGCAUCCCCACCGCUGGUGGCGGUGCCGGUGGCAGUCCCUCCAAGUCCAAGCUGCUGUUCAGCGGCACGGCGGCCCAGAAGCUGCGCGGCUGCGACGACGCCUACAACCUCUUCCACGUCAACAACAACUGGUACAUCUUCCUGCGGUUGCACCACACGCUGUGCUCGCGACUCCUCCGCCUCUACUGGCAGGCCGAGCGGCAGAUCGAGGAGGACGUGCGCGAACGGGAAUGGGAGCGGGAGGUUCUGGGGCUCAAGAAGGAGAAGAACGACAACCCGGCCGUCCAGCUGAGACUCAAAGAGCCCAUGGACAUCGACGUCGAGGUUUACUACUCGGCCUUCUUGGAGAUGGUUCGAAACCUGCUGGACGGCAACAUGGAGGCGUCGCAGUACGAGGACUCGCUGAGGGAAAUGUUCACCAUCCACGCGUACAUCGCCUUCACCAUGGACAAGCUCAUACAGAGCAUCGUCCGGCAGCUCCAGCACAUCGUGAGCGACGAGGUGUGCGUCCAGGUGACUGACCUCUACUUGGCCGAGAGCGCAAACGGCGCCUGCGGGGGAUCCGUGUCCACGCAGUCUUCUCGGAGCACCCAGGAGGGCGCCUACCAGCGGAAAGCUGAACAGCUCAUGUCGGACGAGAACUGCUUCAAGGUGAUGUUUAUAAGAAACAGAGGCCUGGUGCAGCUGACGUUGGAGCUGCUCGACACCGAGGAGGAGAACUCUGACGAGCCCCUGGAGGCAGAGCGGUGGUCCGAUUACGUCAGCCGGUACUUGAACCCCGACACCACCACGCCUGAGCUGAGGGCGCAUCUGGCCCAGAAGCCCGUCUUUCUUCCCAGGAAUCUGCGGCGGAUCCGGAAGUACCAGAAGUGUCGCGAGCAGCUAGACAAGGAAGCCGGCGAGGGAGGCAAGAAGCCGCUGGACAAGGAGAAGAUGGAGUGCAUGUUCAAGCUUAACUCGUACAAAAUGGUGUACGUCUUCAAGUCGGAGGACUACAUGUACCGACGCACAGCGCUGCUGCGGGCCCACCAGUCCCACGAGCGUGUGAGCACGCGCCUCCACAAACGUUUCCGGGCGCGGUUGGCGCCGUGGGCCGAGGAGCACGUGAGCGCCGACAUGGCGGCCGACACCGACAAGUGGCUGAUGGGCGAGGGCCCCGACGGACUUUUGCCCUGCAGCACCUCGCGCCAGCCCGAGGUCCUUCACUUCCGCAACGUCAACAAAUACCGUGUCAAGUACAACCCCUAGCGACCGGCUUCAGGUCAGGCAGCCAUUUGUUUUUAAAACGCAAUGUGUGUGUGUGCGUGCGUGUGUGUUGCUCCAGUGGUGGCGGGGUUACCGUUUCUUACCAGCGUUUUUAGCUGGCGACACAUUUCGCCCCCAACGAGGGUGCCAAAACUCUGGGAUGCUCUCGUCCCGCUCACCAGCAGUCACAACGAGAAGGUCACUUUUUUCUACAGUAAACGCCGCUUUACCAUUCCGCCGUCCACACGAUCCAACAGAAGGGGGGGGGAGUUCUUAAAGCCAGCCCGGACACACCGGACAAGUGCACUUAUUCCAGAAGCAAAACGACAACCAACAACUUUUUUUUUUUUUUUUUUUUGGAUGGCGUCGACCGCACGUCCAAUCGCGACUCGCUUCCUGUUCCGGACUUAACGUUGUCGUCGAGCGGCAGACAAGCGCGUCGCCUCACGUCGUAAAGCUCGUCGCGUCCAUGUGUUGUACAUAUAUACAGAUAUGAAAUAUAUAUUAUAUAUAGUUCUAUUAACAUGCAUCAUCCUCGCCGCCCUGGAAGACAACUUUUUGUUUUAAUAACAAAACAAAUGCCUCGGCCAAUGCGCACACGCACGCGCGCGCACGCACACAGUUUGUAAAUACACUGUAAAUAGUCUCAGACUUUUUAAGACCCAACCGUGUUGUUGUGAUAGUAGUUAACUGUUAGUGUUUCAGAAAAAAAACAAGCAAAGAAAGAGAGACAGGAAACAUUUAUUACAGUUUUUACCAAAGGGACUUGAUCGUACAAAUGGGCUGUUUUUGUCACACCUUCCAUCGGGACCCCCCGCCCCCUCUCUCUCUCUUUGUGUGUUCUUUUAUGUCUUUUUAAUUUAGGUAUUUUCAAAAAAACAUGGAAAACGUAGAAAUAUAUCCAGGUGUUUCUGUUUUUAUAAAUGACAUAUAUAUUUUCGUCUCAAUUCACCUGAAAAAACAAAACCAAGAAAAGCACUGCGACCACCCGACCCCGCCGGCCUCUCACCCUGGAUAGAUUUCUGCUGCCUCCCCCUCCCUGUUGUAUUUUUGAUAUCGGAAAAGUUACGCGAGCAUGUCUUUCGUCCAUUUAUUUAGACAUUAUUUAAAGUAAUAAUAAAACCACAUUUGUAGCCUACAAUUA